UUUGCGUUCUGGGUCCGGCUGCUGUUGCGGCUGCUGCCCUUCCAGCUUCUGAGCGAAGGAGGCCGAGGCCUGGGCCAAGCCCGGAGCCGCCGCUCGCCGGAUCCUCCUGGAGCCCCCGCGCCGGCUCAGCCUGGGGGCGGGCUCAGGCCCGGCCCGCCGCCGAGCCCAGGACAGAGGCUGCAUGCCCGAGGACCAGGCCGGCACAGCUAUGGAGGAGGCAUCUCCCUAUUCCUUACUUGAUAUCUGCUUGAAUUUCCUGACUACUCACCUUGAGAAGUUCUGUUCAGCAAGACAAGAUGGAACAUUGUGUCUGCAAGAACCUGGAGUAUUUCCACAGGAGGUGGCUGAUCGACUGCUUCAGACCAUGGCUUUUCAUGGUCUUCUGAAUGAUGGAACUGUAGGUAUUUUUAGGGGCAACCAGAUGCGCUUAAAGAGAGCUUGCAUUCGCAAAGCAAAGAUCUCUGCUGUUGCUUUCCGGAAAGCCUUCUGCCACCACAAAUUAGUGGAACUUGAUGCCACUGGUGUGAAUGCUGACAUCACGAUUACAGACAUCAUCAGUGGGCUUGGCAGUAACAAAUGGAUCCAGCAGAAUCUCCAGUGCCUAGUGCUGAACUCAUUAACUCUGUCCCUUGAAGAUCCUUAUGAACGGUGCUUCAGCCAGCUUUCUGGCCUUCGAGCAUUAAGCAUCACCAACGUUCUCUUUUACAAUGAAGACCUGGCUGAAGUUGCCUCAUUGCCAAGAUUAGAGAGCCUGGAUAUUUCUAACACCUCAAUCACAGACAUCACGGCUCUGCUGGCCUGCAAAGACCGCCUCAAGUCUCUAACCAUGCACCACUUGAAAUGUUUAAAAAUGACAACUACCCAGAUACUGGAUGUUGUUCGAGAACUAAAAUAUCUGAAUCAUCUUGAUAUUUCAGAUGAUAAACAGUUUACAUCAGACAUAGCUCUUCGCUUACUAGAACAAAAGGACAUCCUGCCCAACCUUGUCUCUCUGGAUGUUUCUGGGAGAAAGCACGUGACAGAUAAAGCUGUUGAAGCUUUUAUACAACAACGGCCCAGCAUGCAAUUUGUAGGUUUGCUGGCCACUGAUGCUGGUUACUCUGAAUUCCUCACAGGCGAAGGACAUUUGAAGGUGUCUGGAGAAGCCAAUGAAACUCAGAUUGCUGAAGCAUUGAAGCGGUACAGUGAACGGGCAUUCUUUGUCCGGGAAGCUCUAUUUCACCUUUUUAGCCUGACUCAUGUGAUGGAAAAAACAAAGCCAGAAAUUUUAAAGCUUGUGGUGACUGGAAUGAGAAACCACCCUAUGAAUUUGCCAGUGCAGCUUGCUGCAAGCGCCUGUGUAUUUAACUUAACCAAGCAGGAUCUUGCCGCAGGAAUGCCUGUCCGACUUCUAGCUGAUGUGACCCAUUUGCUUCUCAAAGCCAUGGAGCAUUUUCCUAAUCACCAACAGUUACAGAAGAAUUGCCUCCUUUCACUUUGCAGUGACCGGAUUCUUCAAGAUGUUCCAUUUAACAGGUUUGAAGCAGCCAAGCUUGUCAUGCAGUGGCUCUGCAACCAUGAGGAUCAAAACAUGCAAAGGAUGGCAGUUGCUAUCAUUUCCAUCUUGGCUGCCAAGCUUUCUACAGAACAAACAGCGCAGCUUGGUGCUGAGCUCUUCAUUGUCAGGCAACUUCUUCAAAUAGUAAAGCAGAAAACCAAUCAAAAUUCAGUGGAUACUACUUUGAAGUUUACUUUGAGUGCACUUUGGAACCUCACAGAUGAAUCUCCAACUACUUGCAGACACUUUAUUGAAAACCAAGGGUUAGAACUCUUCAUGAGGGUUCUAGAGUCUUUCCCAACUGAGUCAUCCAUUCAACAGAAAGUCCUAGGACUUUUGAACAAUAUAGCUGAAGUACAAGAAUUGCAUUCUGAAUUAAUGUGGAAGGAUUUUAUAGACCACAUCAGUAGCCUCCUACAUAGUGUUGAAGUGGAAGUCAGUUACUUUGCAGCAGGAAUUAUUGCCCAUUUAAUAUCAAGAGGUGAACAAGCGUGGACGCUGAGCCGUAGCCAGAGGAAUUCUCUCCUGGAUGAUCUGCAUUCAGCUAUUUUGAAAUGGCCAACUCCAGAGUGCGAGAUGGUAGCAUACAGGUCCUUUAAUCCAUUUUUCCCAUUACUUGGCUGUUUCACAACACCAGGAGUCCAGCUAUGGGCAGUUUGGGCCAUGCAACAUGUCUGCAGCAAGAAUCCCUCAAGGUAUUGCAGCAUGCUGAUUGAGGAAGGAGGAUUGCAGCAUUUAUACAAUAUCAAAGAACAUGAACAGACUGACCCCCAUGUCCAACAGAUUGCUGUGGCCAUUCUGGACAGCUUAGAAAAACACAUUGUACGCCAUGGGAGACCACCUCCCUGUAAAAAGCAGCCCCAGGCCAGACUAAAUUGAUAGCCAUAGGUAAUUGGAUAAUUGAAUCACAAGAAUCCUUUUUGUGAUGUUGGUUCAUUUGGAAUAUCUUAACCUUCUGUGAUGUUUUGGGGUUUCUAUGACAAGAAUCAUACAUCAGAAUGGGAUUAACGAUGUACAGUACUGCCCGUGUGAACAGUCUCUAAUUUGUCUUGUGAUUUUUAACAUAUGAGGCAAGAAGGGUCCCUUCCUUCAUCAUUGCCUUUUAGGAAAUUUUCCACAUCUUUCAGUGUUUGAACUUACCCGUGCUUGAAAUUCUACAGUUUUAUGGUAAAGUUUGCACGAACCCUUAGACCAGACGUUUCUGAUCUUAAAGACCCUUCCAAUCAGUUUGCAGCUUCAGAUAAGCUGUUAACAUGAUUUCUGGCACUGCUUCAGUUGUAAAUUUUAUACUGCUUCUGUAUAAACUGCCUUCAUUCUAUGUCUGUGUACCUUUUAUAAGAUGUCCUUCUUAGUGAGAAAGAAUGGAAAUCUGAAUCCUCUCCUUCCAAAAGCUACUUACUGGCUGGAGCCUAUGGCUGGCAGAAAAAUAUGUUAAAAAGAAAAACUAUUAAGGGAGAAGAGAAUUUAGGAACUGGGAAGAGGUCCACUCUUAUGGUAUAGUUUUUACACUGGGGCAAGCUAUCCUUCUGGAGCCCACCUCUCCUUAGGCAGUAGCUUGUUCUUCACAUCUAUUCAUGGAAGCGUGAGCUGCUGCUUCCUACACAGACGGCUGGUUAUUCUCUAGAACUAGUUCCCCAAGCAUCACAGUGUAAAAUAUUACAGCAUUCUGUGUUAAAAGUUAAAUGUCUAAAUCUCUAUAUGCCACAUUGUUGUAAAAAUGUGAAUUUUUAAAAUGUCUCUUGUUAAAACUGACCAUCUUUUCUCUCUAUUUCAAAGUCAUUUUAUUCAGUGGAAUAGAGACUACAUAUGGUGUUACCUGCUCAGUUAAAAUACAAUUAACAACAGUAAAUGUCACCAUGAGAAGUUAAAUUUUCUUUUGUUUCAAAAUACAUGUAUCUUAAUGUUUUCAUGUUGGAGAAAGAUGUCCACAUCUCACUGCCAAAAAAUGAACAAGAAGAAUUAGACUAUUGUUAAAUGUAGUGAUGCUAGUUGUAGUGUAUAAAAGGGUUAUUUUUUAGACAAUUGUCUUUCCUUUAAGAUACCUGCUACAGUAUAGUAAAGAAUCAGUUAUCAUUAUAUCAAUAAUGGCGGUUGGGAGGCAGCAAGUCAUCAAGAAACUUAAUUCCCAUUUAAAAUUUUAGUUUGUGAAUAAGGUUAAUCACAAUCUCAGAUGACUGUAUUUUUUUUAUACAUGGCCAAAAUGUUUUCAAUUGAGAUUUUAAAUUGUAUGUUUAAAUUAUGGUGAUUAUUCAGAAGCUUUUUUUUUUUUAAGAUUUUUAUUGGGGAAUUGGGGGAAGGGGAACAGGCAAAUUGCUGUCGUUUUG